AUGCCUCUGUCAACCUUGACACGACGCAGCGGACGGACGGGACGGCGCUGGGUAAGAUGCAGUAGCAGUAGGAGCCACAGAUUCCGAUCCCGGCCUUCCAACGCCUCUGUCAAUCCCUUGGCACGACGCAGCGGACGGACGGGACGGCGUGAGUUUCUCAGUCUAGCCAUCUCAAUCAGCCGCGCCAGUGAGAUACAGACCGACCGACUGACCGAGCAAGGAACAUUAGCUGGGGGAUAUCAUCGAUUUCCCGAUCUGGCCUUCCGCGCGGCUGUCAAGCUUGCUAUUGGCACCUGCGAUGGACGGACGGACGGGCAUGGUGUUCUCGGUUCUAGUGUUGCAAAAGUCGGUUGGUUUAGAGCCGUGGUGUCCAAGUCCAAGCGAAAGAACGAUGUUCAGCAACAAAGAGCAUAUCGAAGAUGCGAUGUUGCUGAAACACGCGAUAAAUACUUAUCAUGCCUGAAGGCAUGCUCAUCAGCUCACUGGUUUCCAACCUUCAAGUCCGCGAUGACGGAUAAUAUCAUAAGUAUAAAUCAUUCAUCGCACCCAGACAUGAACCCACUCGCCGCAGAUAUUGCUGCUUUAUCUGAGGAAUUCCAGGUGCUGCUCUACUAUGGCGAUGCCCGCCGCCAGGCAGGAAGCUAUAUCAAAGACAAGCUUACAAAAAGACACGAGAUCUUCAAAGGCGGGUUGGCGAGCGCACGUACUAUUGUGGUGACCUCGUACCAGACAUGGGAGGCACGCCAUGGCCCCCAAGCGGUAAAAGCUUGCCUGCCGGUUAAAGAAGAUGCCAAUUGA